GAAGCGACAUCGAUGCCACUAAAGUGAAUGUAGUUCACAGAACAGGUGCCACCUAGUCGAGCGGAGAACAUGGUAAAACUGCUCUGCAAAAGGUUCCCCAGUUUGUUAGAACUUGAGGGUAAAGGGGAGGAGAAUCAUUGCAACGGCUUUGGCAACGUGAGAGCUGCAGCUUUGCUGUAGGGUUCAGAGCAAGGGAACAGAACGGCGAAGGGCGACACACAAGGAUUAGCAAAACAGUGGAAGAGCAAUUGCAUUAAGACCUACAACGAUCAUCUCUCCCUCUUUUUUUAGUUCAUUUCUUUAGGAUGGCCAAAGGGAAAUUUGACUUCGCCAUCGACCGUGGCGGUACCUUCACAGACGUUUUCGCCAGAUUACCUGAUGGCCGGGAGAAGGUCCUGAAACUGCUGUCUCACGACCCCCAGAACUAUCAAGACGCUCCAACGGAGGGAAUCCGCAGAGUUCUGGAGGAGGAAACUGGGCUGGCCUUUCCCAGGGAACAGCCCGUAGACACCUCCCUGAUUGGCUGGAUCAGGAUGGGCACCACAGUAGCGACCAAUGCCCUGCUGGAGAGGCGCGGAGAGAGGACAGCCCUCCUGGUCACAAAGGGCUUUAAGGACCUCCUCCACAUUGGCACCCAGGCCCGGCCAAAACUCUUCGAUUUGGAGGUAGCUGUGCCAGAAGUGCUGUAUGAAGAGGUGAUUGAGGUAGAUGAGAGGGUCGUUCUUAGACAAGAUGGCUGUCAACUACCCAGGAAAGAACCCAAGCGUAUUGUCACAGGCAGUACAGGGGACUCCCUGGAGGUUUGGCGGGAGGUGGACAUGCAGCGUGUGGAGGAGGACCUGAGGGGAGUUCUGUCCCGGGGGAUCACCAGCCUGGCUGUCCUGCUGCUGCACUCCUACACGUGGUCUGACCAUGAGAAGGCCGUGGGGUCGUUGGCCCGGAAGCUGGGUUUCACCCAGGUGUCCCUGUCCAGCGAGGUCAUGCCCAUGGUCAGGGUGGUGCCGCGUGGGUACACCGUCUGUGCGGACGCCUACCUCACCCCCAAAAUCCGCCAGUACCUGGAAGGCUUCACAUCUGGCUUCAGGGACGGACUGAAGGACGUGAGCGUUCUCUUCAUGCAGUCUGACGGCGGUCUGACCCCCAUGGAGCAGUUCUGCGGGUCCCGGGCGGUGCUGUCCGGGCCUGCGGGCGGCGUGGUGGGCUACGCCGUCACCUCCUACGACCCGGCGCAGAAGAAGCCUGUCAUCGGGUUCGACAUGGGGGGCACGUCUACCGAUGUGAGCCGCUACGCGGGACAGUUUGAGCACGUGUUCGAAGCAGCCACGGCAGGUGUCACCCUGCAGGCCCCGCAGCUAGACAUUAACACCGUGGCCGCGGGGGGCGGAUCCCGCCUCUUCUUCAGGUCUGGGAUGUUUGUAGUGGGGCCUGAAUCUGCUGGUGCCCAUCCAGGACCUGCCUGCUACAGGAAGGGUGGACCUCUGACGGUGACCGACGCCAACCUGGCUCUGGGGCGCCUUCUGCCCGCCUUCUUUCCCAGGAUAUUCGGUCCGGGAGAGGAUCAGCCCCUAUCCAGCGACGACACCAUGAAGUGCUUCCGUCAGCUCACUCAGGAGAUCAACGACUUCCACUCCACCACUGAUGGGUCCCGGGACCUCGCCGAUGGAAGCGAACCAGAGAUGAGUGUGGAGGAAGUUGCCAUGGGUUUCAUCAGAGUGGCCAACGAGGCCAUGUGUCGUCCAAUCAGGGCACUGACCCAGGCAAAGGGACACGACACCUCUCAGCAUGUGUUGGCGUGUUUCGGCGGGGCAGGUGGACAACACGCAUGUGCCAUAGCACGGGCAUUAGGAAUGAAGACGGUCUUCAUACACAAGUACAGCGGGGUGUUGUCGGCUUAUGGCCUGGCCUUAGCAGACGUGGUGGAGGAGGUCCAGGAGCCGUGUUCUCUUCAGUACUGCCCCGGUUCCUUCUCUGAGCUGGACCGCAGGGUGGAGCAACUGACACAGCGCUGCACAGAGACCCUAAGGGGCCGCGGCUUCAGCGGCGCCCAGAUAACCACUGAGGUGUUCCUCCACCUGCGCUACCAGAAGACAGACUGCGCUCUCAUGGUGACCGCCGCAGGUUACCCUGGCAACUCUCAGUCCUGCAGGUCUGGGGACUUCUGCAGUGCCUUCACUGAGCGUUACCGGAAGGAGUUUGGCUUCACCAUCUCAGACAGACCCAUCAUGGUUGAUGACAUCAGAGUCAGGGGCUCUGGGAAAUCUGGUAUUAAAUCAGUAACCCACACCAAGAGGGGACUCGAUGUUCCCAAAGCCACUACGACAACCAAGUGUUACUUCGAGGACGGUUACCUGGAGACCAGUGUUUACCUGUGUGAGGACCUGCCGUGUGACCACAGCAUCUCAGGUCCGGCCAUCAUCAUAGACAAGAACAGCACCAUCCUGGUGGAGCCCAGCUGUGUGGCCCAGCUCACAGAGGGGGGCGACGUGUGCAUCUCAGUGGGCUCCGAUCCCUACUGCCUUCUGGGUACCGAGCUCAACACCGUGCAGCUCUCCAUCUUCUCCCAUCGCUUCAUGAGCAUCGCAGAGCAGAUGGGCCGGGUGUUACAGCGUACCUCCAUCUCCACCAACAUCAAGGAGCGGCUGGACUUCUCCUGCGCUGUUUUCGGUCCCGACGGAGGCCUGGUGUCCAACGCCCCUCACAUCCCGGUCCACCUGGGAGCCAUGCAGGAGACGGUUCAGUAUCAGAUCAAGUCGAUAGGGAGCACCAUUGAAGAGGGGGAUGUGAUUCUGAGCAAUCAUCCGUGUGCCGGAGGCAGUCACCUCCCUGACCUUACGGUCAUCACUCCAGUGUUCAGGAGAGGUGUGAGCGGGCCAGUGUUCUUCGUGGCCAGCAGGGGGCACCAUGCCGACAUUGGGGGGAUCACCCCGGGCUCAAUGCCCCCCCACUCCACGUCCCUGCAGCAGGAGGGGGCUGUCUUCACCUCCUUUAAACUGGUAACCGCCGGAGUCUUCCAGGAGGAGGCUGUAACUGAAGCCCUCAUGGCUCCGGCUCAAUACCCGGACUGCUCCGGGACUCGCAAUCUCCAUGACAACCUGUCAGACCUGCGAGCUCAAGUGGCAGCGAAUCAGAGAGGCAGCGCACUGGUGGGGGAGUUGAUUGACAGUUAUGGGCUGGCGGUGGUGCAGGCCUACAUGGGUCACAUCCAGAGUAACGCGGAGCUGGCCGUGAGAGACAUGCUGAAAGACUUUGCCCGUCGCCGGCGGCAAAAGACUGGUUCCCUGGAUGUGGAGGCAGAGGACUUCAUGGACGACGGGACACCAAUCCGACUGAGGGUCCAGGUUAACGAGAAGGAGGGCAGCGCAGUGUUUGACUUCACAGGGACAGGCACCGAGGUCUGGGGGAACUGUAAUGCCCCACGCGCCAUCACCUUCUCCGCCCUCAUCUACUGCCUGCGCUGCAUGGUGGGCCAGGACAUCCCCCUAAACCAGGGCUGCCUCGCGCCGAUCAGAGUGAUCAUUCCAGACGGCUCCAUCCUCCAGCCGUCCCAAGACGCAGCUGUAGUGGGGGGUAACGUGCUGACGUCCCAGAGGGUGGUCGAUGUCAUCUUCCGCGCCUUCGAGGUCUGCGCCGCCUCACAGGGCUGCAUGAACAACGUGACUUUUGGCAGUGAGGGGAGCGGUUACUAUGAGACGGUCGCCGGGGGCGCCGGGGCAGGGCCAGAAUGGAACGGACGGAGCGGUGUCCACAGUCACAUGACCAACACGCGCAUCACCGACCCAGAGAUUCUGGAGAAGAGGUACCCUGUGGUCCUGGAGCAGUUCUCCCUAAGGCCCAACUCUGGGGGUGCAGGGAAGCACCGCGGGGGCGACGGGGUGAUCCGGAAACUCCUCUUCCGGAACAAGGUUGUCCUGUCAAUUCUGACCGAACGGCGCUCCACCCGACCAUACGGACUCCAUGGGGGUGAGUCUGGGGCAUCCGGCCUAAACCUGCUCCACAGAGCUGAUGGUAGGGUCCUUAACCUGGGGGCCAAGACCACUGUGAACCUAGAGCCUGGGGAUGUGUUCUGCCUCUACACGCCUGGUGGAGGUGGAUAUGGCGAAAAGGACGAGCGAGCAGCUGGGAACGGAGCACCCGUGAAAAAACGCAGGCGCUUCAGUGAGACCUUCUCCGAGAGGGGCAGCGUGUUUGAAUAUCGAAUGGCGCAAGAGGGUGUGUGAGAACGGCGCGCUGGGUAGAGAUCUGGACACACGGACCCACGGGUGGUGGGUGGGGGGGACUCAAAAGUAGGAAUACCAUGAUGCAGCAUGACACUGCCAUGAAAGGAGAGGGCGCCGAAAGCCUGAGAGGGCAUUAAAACCUCCGGUGAAAUCGUAUCAGUACUGUAGCGUUUCUUUCUAGACCUUAGUUGAAGUCUAAUGACAUGUUCAAUGUCUGUAUCUCAUCAGCCUGUACCCAACCGAAACUGGCUGUGCCCCUUUUGUAUGCGAAGGGUGACAUUAAAAUCCUGUCAACAGUAGCUGAGAUGUUGGAACCAGCAGAAUUCUGCAAAGACAAGCUCUUUUGGCAGACUACCAUCCAUCACUCUUCUAUUCUAAUCUUUUCUAGAAUAGUCUGCUGCUUCUUAUCACUACUGUGAAAACCUGGAGUACUUACAUUUGAACAUCUUUAUAAAAUGUAGGUUUAACAAAGGCUAGCGAACUGGGGAAUCAGGUUUGUACAGCGAAUAACUGAAUUGGAUUGGUUGUUUGUGUAGGAAACUGUCAUUCUUUAAUGGAGCUGUAGCCUGGGGAGAAAGUACAUCUGGUUAUGUGGCACUAAUUGAGUACAUUUAUAAAAAACCUCCAAUAAAAGUUUGCGGUUUAUGUUUAUUUAUCAAAAAUACUGACUUUAACAGAAAUUCAUUCAAAUUAAGGUUUUACAAGUAUGUUGCAAUGAGUGCACAGCCUGGACAAGAGACCACACACACCUAAAAGGAGCUGUAGGGAAUCCCAGCCACAGGAAGGUGAAAAAUAAAUUUGCAAGACAGUUAAAACUAAUUGCUCCUGGGCCAGUGCUGUAAAAGGAGAAUGAGUACUCAGUCAACUGACCUGGUGACAUUUAGUUAAAAAAGAUCUAUGUAAAACCGAGCCAAAAUGAAGUGACCGACGUGUUUGGUAAUACUUCCAGAUUGUUGUAAGACACAGAGUAACCUGGGGUUUUACACAAUAAAGAAAAAUGUAAUCGCUCAUUUCAAAUUUGCUCAAAGUCAGCAAGUUUUUUUUUUAUGAGCUGCCAUUUUACUGAGCUUUACUUGCUGACAUUUCGAUUUUGUAACUGUUUAGUAAAAUUUGAUGAACAAUAUUCGUUAUUGUGUCAAUGUUUUACCCAGCACUGUAGAGCUUAUUUUUAGAACAUGUGAUUAAUUGUCAUUUUAACAUUAGUCUUUCAGAGUUAGAGUACAUUAACUGGUUACCUCAGACAGUCCUGAAAGAACUGAGUCAUGAAGUCUCUGUGAGCAGUAGGAAUGAGAACAACUUUUGCACUAACAGGCCUCAGUUGCCAUGCCAAGUCCAGCCUAUUUUUACAGUAUCCAGUCUAAAACUCUUAAAUAAAAGGCCAAACCCCAGCCAUCAAUAUGAAUUCCUGGGAGUCACAGAGCGUCCUGGAAGGAGAUAAGGACACCCAGCAGGAGGGUGGGGUGGGGGCUUUGAGGUUCUGUUCCCCACAGGGGGGAGGACAAGUUUUCAGCGGCUAGAUGGACAGAGGAAGGAAGACCCAGCAGAGAGGGGAGAGAGAGUACACCCUGGGCAGGAAUGCACAGGCCGUAGAUUAGGAGAUAUUGCCGUCGCAACAGCAGGAGAUCAAUGAUGUGAAUCGGAUGAUAAGAUGAGUGUUGUGGGACCUUACAGCUAGUGCUACGGACCACAGAUCAAAGACUGUAACGUUUCAGUUUCAUCGAUGGUGAAAAUGUCGGCCGGCGCCUCAGGAACCGGACUGAGAGGCCCCUCUAGCUGUGUCACCAACAGAGCAUUCACCCACCCGGUCUCAGCGGACAGUGGGCUGUCGGCCCGGGAUGAGAGACAGGGUUGGUAGCGACAGCCCUGACAGAUGUGAUAAGAACAUCGGGCUAAUCAUCAGGGUGGCCUGGUGGAUACUCGCCAGUUUUGUACGCUGUUAACCUGUUUGGUGGCUCUUUUUAAAUGGGUGCCAAGUAGGUUCAAUUGCCAAUUUGAACCAAAACCACAGCAUUUUAGAAUAAAACCAGUUCUUCACAGUGUGCCCUGGGUCAAUUAUCUCCUAAUAACUUGCGGUGUGGAUUUAUAUAUGAUCUUUUCUCAGCUGUAAGUAGGCAGACAUUAAGAUUACAAUAAUGUUGUCAUCUCUUUGGAAAAGCUGUUAAGAACAAAGAAUACAAGGUAAUUGAUACUGACCUUUAACUCACUAAACUAAGUCUGGGACAAACAGGAACAUUUUGGUUGCACCAUCUGAACAAACACACUAACCUCACUUGAUUUUUAGGGGCAGUGAUCCACUGGAACAAGACAACCUACACACAGCUCACACAAACCAAACAAACAGUUCUCUCUUCACUUAGGUGAGGCUCAGAAAACCUCACUUUGUUUUCUUACCAGAGAGGUUCCCAGCACUGUGCCACAUCCAGCAGCACAGGAAAAAUAGAUGAGUGAAAUAAUCAUUUUUAAUUUCAUACCCUGUAAAGCCGCUAGUAACCUUUUUCAACUCAGCCCAUUUCAUAACCUGUCUUAAACCUGGUUUUGUGUGAAGUUUAACAAUUCCUCUUAAAAAAUACUGUACAAGAUUUU